CCCAGAUAGAAACUGCUCGCGGCUCGCGGCUUUUUUGCCAUGGAGGAUGCCCCAGCCUUGGAAGCAGGCGGCGGCACCUACUACCAGAUCUUGGGUGUAGCCCCAGAUGCCGGCGCGGAUGAGAUCAAGGUGCAGUAUCGGAAGCUGGCGUUGAAGCUACACCCGGCUGCGGUUUCCGAAGCCGAGGACAAGAACCCGCAGGACCCCAAUGCCACCGAGAAGUUCCAGCAGCUGCAGGAAGCCUACGAGGUCCUCUCGGACCCUGAGCGGCGCUCUGCGUACGAUCAAAACAGCGACUUCAUCAUGAAGGCCUUUGCGGAGUCAGGGGACGACCAGGAUUUCUGGGUGCCCUCGUCCCGGACCUUCUGGUGCCUGCUGGUGGAGGCCUGCAUCAGCGACGACGCCAAGUCGGUGACGCAGCUGGCCACGCAGCUGGAGGAUGAGAUUUGGGCGGAGCUCGCUGAAGGGGGCGUUUGUGGCUUCACGCUCUUGCACUUCGCGGCCUUUGCUGGCAAGCCCAAGGCGUGCCAAGCCCUCAUCGAUUUGGGCGUGAACGUCAACUCCAAGACCCAGCCGCUGUGCGUGACAUCUUCACAGCAGUUCUGCCGGCCAACGCCGCUGGAUUUGACCACCUUCGUCCCAAACAAGCGAGCCAGGGAGCAGACGCAGCGGGUGCUGCAGGCCGCAGAUGCCGCCUUCGGCGCCGUGAAGAUGGAGAGCCUCGACCAGAUUUGGCUGGGCCUGAUCAAGCACCAAUUGCUGCUAGUGAAGGACGAGGUGAAGAAGUACAACAGCAGCGUGCCCCCAGCCCUGCGCCGGGUGUUGCGCACCGAGCCGCGCUGGCGCCAGAUCGUGAAGUUCCCAGGUGAGGAUGCCGCCUCCAUGGAAAGGAAGCGGCUGAGAAAGGCCUUUACCGUUUGGAGGCGCAAGCUCACCUGGGUGCUGGUUGGUGACGCCUCCAUGGAUCGCAGCUCGCGGCUGGCGGUGCUCGCCUGGAACCUGACGCUUUUCCUGCUGAGCUGGUGGCUCUUUGGCUUCAACGCCUUUGAGCUUCUCCAGGCGGUGCUGGUGUCGAUUGUCCUCAUGGCCACUACUAGCCUGGCCCGGGGCAUGGACCGGGAGAAGCUUUGGGAGCGCUUGCCCAGCCAGGACGAAGUCAGGGCUUGGAUGCCGCCUGAGGAGCUCGUGGAGUCCAACCUGCAGAAGGCCUGGCAGCGCCUCGAGGAGGCCACCGCGCAGGUAGAGGAAGGCCUACUCCAAGCUCCUGCGGAGUGGCAGAAGCUGCGAGACAUGGGCCUCGCCGCCUUCUGCGCGGACGCGCAGGCGCGGUUCCAUGAGUGGCGCGCCUCACGGGAGCAAGAGGCUGAGGAGGAGCCAGAGGAAGAGGAGCCCGCCGUGAACGAGCGGCGGAAGAAGACGGCCUCCAUCGCGAACAAGAUCAAGGGCCUGAAAGCCGAGCGCGACGCGGCCGCCGCCACCGCCGCCGCAGAGAACGGGCGCACGGCCCGCGCCAAAGGCCGCAGGCGCGCGAAGUGACG